AUGUCGAGCUCGCUCCUCCGUCCGUCCCUCCUCGCGAUCGCCUCCCGACACGCCAUGUCAUCCCCGACGAAGGCUGCGCUCGGGCGCAAACACGCCUCCCCCGCGAGGAGGAGCUUUGACGUGACCGUUUCCGCGGCCGCCUCUCAGAAUGUGGAUAAAAAGUACGUCCCCGGCGAGCCGAUCGCGAACGCCUGCGUCGUCGUCACCGGUGCCAACCGCGGCAUCGGCCUCGAAUUUUGCAAGCAGAUCCUCGCCAAGUCCCCUGGUAACUCCGUCAUCGCGUCUUGUCGCGACCCAAACGCCGCGGAUGACCUUGUCGCGCUCCAGAAGGAGGUUGGCGAGUCGCGCCUCGCGGUGGUCGCCCUGGACGUCGCCGACGAGACCUCGAUCGCGAGUUGGGCGCAGGGCCUCGGCGCCCUGGAGCCCGUCCAGGCGCACGGCGGAUCCAUCGAUGUCGUCAUCAAUAACGCGGGCACCACCGGCACCGACGGAUACAGCAAGUGGGAGCUCGAGGACAUGACCGCCGACGAGAUGAUGCACGUGUACAAGAUAAACACCGUCGGUCCGCUGCUGGUCACCCAGCAGCUCGUCAAGCGCGGGCUCAUCGGCGACCCCGGGUCCCUCAACCCCGUUUCGCUCGUCGGAAACGUGACGUCGAAAGUCGGCAGCGUGGACGAUAACGGCAGCGGGAAAGGGUACGCGUACAGGGCGAGUAAAGCCGCGCUCAACAUCGUCAACAAGAGCAUGAGCAUCGACCUCGCGGAUCGAGGAAUCUGGUGCCAACUCCUGCAUCCCGGUUGGGUGCGAACGCGGAUGACCGAAGGCCGGGGGCUGAUUGACGCGGACGAGAGCGCCCGCGGCCUCAUCAGGUGCGUGAUGUUUCGCGAAACACGUCUCUUUCCACUCGGCUAUGGAGGGUGA